AUGAUCCCUUCGCUUUGUUCGCCGUCGCUUCAGUCACACUCGCGCGCUGGAAGCGCAACGCUCGUGCGUUCUUGUCCGCGUCAGCCUCUCGAGACAGCGGUCCAGUCCUCGGUUUUCCCCGUGUCCUCCGCUUCCCUCGCUCCCGCCGCUUUUGCCGCGUUCCCCGCGCAACCUUCUUCGUCCAUCCACCAAUCGUGUGGCCGCCUCACGUCACCAGCUUUUACCCCGUCGUGCGUUCACCUUCCGCAUUCUCCGCCCAGCGUCUCCCCCCCGCGCGUUUCCGGGGGACAAGCAGCCCUUUUCCCCACGCUCUCGUCCUCCGCUAGCAUCGGCGGAAGCAUCAAGCUAAGAAGUAUCAACGGCAGGUCCGGCGGAAAACACGGCAGCAAUAGCAGCAGCAGCACUGGGGGCGGCGGCCACCGCAGCGGCCGCGUCGCAACUUCUUACUCUGGCGCCUCGAGAUUCGAUUCGACAUCCAGAGCUGCAUGUGUACGAGCGUACGCGUUAAAACAGUUUCACGGCGCAUCGGCGGAACGCGCAGACAUGCGGAUGCUAUUGCCACUGAGCCUCCCCGCGUUCCCCGGAAACAAGCUCCUGUUCCCGUCCGUUUCUCCCUAUUCUCCGUUCGCGAGCCCGUCGCAACAACGGCUGAGCGACUCCGUGCGAUGCUGCGCGAACGCCAGGCGACGCGCUGAUCGCGAGCCGCUGCUGACGCACACCGUGGAAGAGUGA